AUGAGAAAAGGAAAGCUGUUUAUGUGUUCGAAAAAGAAAACGGAUCGACAAAUCUACCGUUAUCAUUGCUCACAGUGCUCGUUGGCGUUUCGCACUGAACAGCGUCUUGCCAGUCACACUUUGCAUCAUACAUUCCGGUCCAGUACCCGUUGUACCAAAUGUGAUCAAAGUUUUCGCUCUCAUGAAUUACUGAAAAGGCAUAAUGCUCAGGAACACACUAAUGGUAAAACUUAUAAUUCACCGACCACAAGCUCUAACCAUUCUCAAUCAAUUGAAGCAACGAUUGAUGAUAAAAUGGAAACUAAUCACGUUGAUUCGUUAAGACCUUUCAAAUGUGAAUUGUGCAAGGAAAAUUUUGAACAAAAACAUCAAUUACUGAUGCAUUAUAAUUCAGUAGCACAUCUUCAUAAGGCUAAGAAAAUGCUCGAGGAACAAUCGAAUAACUUUCAGCCUAGUGCGCAGAUUUUGGCAGCACUACAAGCCUCAACAAGUUCUCAGUCGUUACAAGGAGGCUCAAAACCAUUCAAAUGUAAUCUAUGCAAAUUAGGUUAUGGACAAGGUUCUACGUUAGAUAUACAUAUAAGAUCUGUUGCACAUCAAUCGCGUUUGACUAAAAUAGGCGAACUCCUAGCACAAGGUGAAAUUGAUGGCUGCAAAUCGAUCGUAGAGCAACCAGGUGGUCCAACACAAACGGUUUUAGCUGAAUUAGCUGCUAAACAUGAUCCUACCAAUGAUCCGCUGCAGAAUGGAUUGGAGCAACAGCAACAAUCAGCUUUAGCAAUGAUUAACAUGUUGAAUAUGGCGCAACUUCUAUCGAUAGCAUCCGCUGGUCAAACCGCUCUACCGAACGAUAUUCCGGCAGCGAUAGCUUCUCAAGCUCAGACUGCAUUGGCAAAUAUAGCUGCUGGAUUUCCUCCCAUCAUUGCGCCAUUUGGAAGGCAGUUACCAAUUUCAGCCGAUAGUGCUGCAACGACAUCAAAAACAACCAGCGAACAAUCCAUCACAUCCAUCGAUGAUGAACGAACCCCUCGUACCGGUGCUGCUUUUCGCAAGAUGCUUGAAGCCUAUGGAGCGUUACUGACUUCAAGCACAGACUUUCCAGGUUUCGAUGUGGUGAUGCAAUAUAAUGAAGGUUUAGAGCAACCUCAGCACAAAUUGGAUACGUUACCGGAUGAGACGGUUCCGGAUUUAGGCGGUAUCGAAUGCAUAAAGUGCAACAAAAUCUUUAGCAGUAUAUGGGUACUUAAAGCUCAUUAUGAAGAGGUUCAUGAAAGUACCGUACCGGUGAUAGAGAUUGAGAAAUUUGCCAAACGAUUGCAAGAAGCGUUGGAUGAAAAUGAAGAAAAGGAGAAUGACGAGAACGAUUUGAGUGGUGAACAGCAGGAUAUCACGGUACCUGCCACGACACCGGUUACAAUAUCCGAUAGCAAAAAAAGAACAUUGGGAAGAGAUGAGCUGCCAUUAAGUAGUAGUCAUGGCGCUGAAUAUAACACUGAUCAUGAAUGUUUAUUCAAUCAAGCUGCAACUGCUUCAGCUACAACUGAAGAUGAUAAGUACAUACUCGAGACAAAAAAGCUGAAAGAGGACACACGAUCCAGUUCAGCUGGUGCUACACCUCAGCCGUCAACAUCCAAGGAUUCUCCCAACCUGAACAGUCAAUUGGCGAUGAUGAGCAUGCUUGGAUUUCCCUUUAUGCCAAAUCCUUUCAUGCCACUUAUGCCACCUGAUUUUUUUACAAAUCCACUCUUUUCCGUAUCACAAAAUGCUACCACAACUGUACCACAUGCAAUCUCCAACGCCUCACCAGCUAAAAGAGCUCGGACGCGAAUCACCGACGAUCAGCUGAAAAUUUUGCGACAGUACUUUGACAUCAAUAAUUCACCUAGUGAACAGCAAAUCAAGGAAAUGUCUAUAAAAGCACAGCUUCCAGAGAAAGUUAUAAAACAUUGGUUUCGAAAUACACUAUUUAAGGAACGGCAGCGUGACAAGGAUUCACCAUAUAAUUUCAACAUUCCGCCGCAAAUGAGUAUAGAUUUGGAUACCUAUGAAAAAACUGGUGAAACAAAAAUAACUACUCUUAAAAUUGAGACCGAAGAAGAAUCGAAACCACAACUGUUGCAAACACCUGAAAAUCCAGCAAAUAUAAGCGGUGUAGGAAAUUCAUUAUCUGCUGCAAAUGUUCAGACUGCUCAGAUUCAUUCAACGCCUACAACAUGCAAUAAUCCUUUUGCUACUUUCUUGCAUGAUGACAAAAACCUUUCGUACAUAUUAUCAAAUUUACCAUCUUCAAAUUCGGUGACUGGACGUCGUGCUAACCGUACUCGCUUUACCGAUUAUCAGCUACGAACAUUACAGCAAUUUUUCGAUAAGCAAGCUUAUCCUAAAGAUGAUGAUUUGGAAGUUUUGUCGAAAAAACUCCAGCUCAGUCCACGAGUUAUUGUUGUUUGGUUUCAGAAUGCUCGACAGAAGGCUCGAAAAAUAUACGAAAAUCAACCAACAGCAAGCAACGACGAUCGAUUUAUGAAAACACCGGGAAGUAAUUUUCAGUGCAAACGAUGCCAGUUAGUAUUUCAACGGUACUAUGAACUGAUACAGCAUCAACAGAAGUUGUGCUACAAGGAUGAUUGUGUAGCUCAACAAAAAGAUAAUAAGGCGGUCGAAGAGAAUUUAAGUGAAGAUGAGAAGACCAGUUUGGAAAAUCUACGUGAUGCGUCACGUCUGAGUGCUAUGUCAAUUGCAACAACUAGUCAGGCAGCUGCUUUAGGUGGAGCAUUAGCUCAGCUUAUCGGUACUGCAUCAUCGGGAGCUGCUACUGAUAUCAAUCAAGCAGAAUUUCUGAAACUACAAUCAUCAACCAAAUCACAAGAUCCAUCCAUGAAAUUAAAGGUAAGGGAUAAGAAAAAAGCGAUAUUCUAUAAGCGCUGUCCUUUCUGUUGCCUAUUAUUCCAUUCGCGAGAUUCAUUGAUUGUCCAUAUUCCGAAUCGUCAUCCGGAGCAAGCUAACAGUACAUCAAUUAAUGUCGACUUAUUACCGGACGCUGAAGAUGUACCGACAAUUACAGCGUUGGCAGGUGAUGAUUCAUUGGGAGAUGUGUCAAAAACGAAUGGUUCUUCAAAAAAAUCGGAACUUUCGCCACUUGACCUUAGUUGUGCCACUAACGGCGAAGGUCGUGAAGAUUCGCUAUCAAUAUCUCCUUCAUUCGUACAUUCUGACAACGAUGAUAAUAAUAGUGAUAACAUGGAUAUCAGUGAACGAUACAAUAGUGCAUCGCCAAAUGCCACUGGAAUUGGCUGUUUUGGAGCUCAGAGAAGUCCUGCUAGCUCCAAGCGGUACCGGACUCAUUUGACACCACUGCAAGUUCAUGUGAUGAAAAGCAUAUUUAUGAAUUAUAAAACUCCAUCGAUGAAUGAAUGUGAUUUGUUGGGAGCCGAAAUCGGUCUUCAUAAACGAGUUGUACAAGUAUGGUUUCAAAAUGCUCGAGCAAAAGAGCGGAAGUCGCGAUCACACAGUGGUGAUGAAGAAUUACUUCGUUGUGCAUCGACACGCUGUGCAAUGUGUAGUGUUAGUUACGAUCAUCGUGUUACGUUGCAUGAUCACAUAUUCACCACUGGUCACAUUAAUCGUAUUAAAAAACUUCUUCAAACAGAUAAUAUUCAGACAGAAGGAUUAAUAGAUUUAAAUGUACCAUCAGAAACGAUUGAUAAAGAAGACAUCCAACGAACAAGAAUGAAAGCUAUACGAGAUCGGCGAACAGUAAAAGCAGCCGGUGUAUCGGUAUCAAAUCCUGUCAGCAAUACGAUGCCACAUUUUCCUUAUAAUUUCUUAUAUAGUAUUCGAUCGGGCUUAGCACCAAUGAUGUAUGAUCCAAACCUAAUGGGUACACCGAUACCGAUGCUCCAAAUUCCUGAAAGUGUUAUGGCGCAAAUAACAACGGAUAUGAGUUCCGGCCGUGAAUCGUCGAAAUUCACACAAGACGGCAAAACUUUUCAACAAUUGGUUGCUGUACUUCCAUUACGUGAUUUUCAAUGUGCUGGCAGUACCGAUAGUGAGGUAGGCUGGGCUUGUCCUCAAUGUACCAAUGUAUUUCAACAGGAACAGCUGUUGAAAAAUCAUCAGCGACUGAUAUGUCAGGGUUGUGAUUCAGUGUUUAAAUUGGUACAAACCCAUUACCAGUGUCGGGCUUGUAAUACAAAAUUUGGUGCACAGACCGAAUUUCGAGUUCACUGUAAUACGUUAGAACAUCAGGCCGCUCGUGAAGUAUUUCUCGGUAGGACAGUUUAA